AUGACACCUUCCGGCAGAAUCAUUGGUCUGCGAGUCCUCACAUUGCAAGCGGCGGGCAUAAGUGCACCCUGGCAGCCACCACCUUAUGGAGCGGAGGAUGUCACUCGCAUCCCUCUCACGCUCGGCAAAGGCCUGUACAGAGUAGCAGCAGAACUAACCCUGCCAGUCCCCGUCAAGACUGGCCAGAAAUUCCCCUGUAUCGUAUUCAUCGGCGGCUCCGGCCCCAUGGACAAAGACUCCACUAUUGGCGCCCUGAAACCAUUCAAGGACAUGGCCCUUGGUCUCGCAAGUCGCGGUAUUGCAUCGUGUCGGUUCGACAAGUUUGCGUGCACGAUUGCUGGGAGACUUCUCACGCGCACCACAACAGCCACGCUUACAGAUGAAUACAUCUAUCAUGUCAGGCAUGCCAUCCGUAAGGUCCGUCAACAUCCUAAUAUUGACCACGACAAGAUAUUCCACCUGGGCCAUAGCUUGGGGGGUGUGAUUGCUGCUCGCCUUGCGACAGCUGAGCCCUCAGUAGCAGGCUGUGUCCUCAUGGCGUGUCCGGCGCAACCUCUCUACCGGUGUGCGAUUCGACAACUGCGGUAUUUCAAGAGUCUUGACGAGUGUGGGGGAGCACCCUCCGGCGAUGAACUAGAUAAUACAAUUGAGGCGCUGGAAAAGCAAGCAGAGCUUGCUGAUAGUCCGUCAUUGACCCCAUCAACACCAGCCAGCCAACUACCAUUUGGUCUUGGCCCGGCAUAUUGGCUCCAGUAUCGUGAAUUUGAUCCCAUUCAGUCCCUGCAGAGAUCUGUGUGCCCUGUCUUGGUUCUGCAGGGUGCACGGGAUUAUCAAGUUACCGUCAAUGACGACUAUGCAGAGUUCUGUGCAAAGUUCCAGGAUCGUCAGAAUGUACACUUUCGGCUGUAUGACAACUUAAAUCACUUGUUUGUACCGGGGGAGGGGAACUGUACUCCGGCCGAGUAUGAUAUUGGAGGAAGUGUGGAUGUGGCUGUUGUGGAUGAUAUCGAGCGAUGGGUUAAGAGCUGUUGA